AUGCAAACUUGCCUACUUUCUGCCAGAUGUUUCCGUCGUGGUUUCCAUCGGAAGCCUUCUUUUGAUCUCAAUAGACAGGCUCAUCGCUGUCGUCUUUUUGUACGAUUGAUCAGCAUUCUAAGCACGUGGUUUGUCGCCAUCGCCAUGCAUGCACUUUAUUUCUACAGUUUCAAACUGAUCCCCCACGCAAAUGAAACGUAUUGUGAGUUGAAUUGGGGACCGGCAUUCGACCACAUGAAAACACACAGAGGAUUUGUUACGGCAAAUUUCAUCACUUUCAUCCCCAUUCCCAUUUGUGUCCUGGCCAGUGUGUAUAGCAUUAUUGUAUGGACAAUAAGAAAAAAGAACAAAAAAAACUGA